AUAGUUUUAAGGACAUUUCUCCCUUAUCCUUAAAAAAUUAUUAACUUAUAAUAAUUUCUCUCUCUGUCUUUUUAAACUACAGAAAAACUGGCGCCAUUCCAGGUUUCAAAGGGUUAAAAUAACUGGUUUAGUUACCUGCAGACAUAAAAAAUCUUCUUUUUCUUCUUGUUUUUCCGCAGAUCAAACUGUCGGACUUCGGUUUCUGCGCUCAGAUCAGUCCGCAAGUCCCCAAGAGGAAGUCUCUGGUCGGGACGCCGUACUGGAUGGCUCCAGAGGUGAUCUCCAAAAAACCCUACGGGACCGAGGUGGACGUCUGGUCUCUGGGCAUCAUGGUGGUCGAGAUGGUGGACGGAGAGCCGCCGUACUUCAGCGACACGCCCAUCACCGCCAUGAAGAAGCUGAGGGACGAGGACGCGCCGAGCGUGAAGAACAUCCACAGGGUGUCUCCAGUAUUGAAGGACUUCCUGGGCUGCAUGCUGACUCGUGACACGCAGCAGCGGUCCAGCGCCGCCGACCUGCUGAAGCACCCGUUCAUGCUGCAGGCCGACUCCCCGCGCUGCCUGGUGCCGCUGGUGGAGCAGCACCGCAAACGCAUGUCGCUCUGCUGACAGUCACCUGAGACUCACCUGAGAGACCGUUCACACCUGGUGUUAACCUGGGUGAUGUCAUCACAAGUGGACACAGACUGCCGCUGUCGUGCAGCAGUCGCCUUUGUCAUGACUGGAUUGUGUGUCGUAAAACUUAUAUUUCUCGACCUCUACAAAUAGUCUCUCCUCAUUUG